AUGUCCAGACCAUUCGCAUUCUUCUCAGCGCUCCGCUCAACACUGCCAAAGCGGCCCUUGGCUAGCAGCGGCUUUGCCUCGCGCUUUGGCGCCAACGCCGGCGCCGGACCGAGCCGUAAUGCGUCACACCACUCUUCGGACGUCGUCGGCGGUGGUAUCGUGUCGACACUCUUCCGCCCCAUCACCCUCAUUCUCAUCUGUGCGCCUAUCCUGACAGGAUACCUCGGCGUGUGGCAGAUACAGCGUCUCAAGUGGAAGGUCGCUCUCAUCGAGGAGGUGGAUCGCAACCUCGCCAAGGACCCCAUGGUCCUCCCCGCUCAGAUCAACCUCUCCGCUCUGCCCGACUUUGCCUUCCGUCGUGUCCUCCUCCGUGGUCGGUUCACUGGCCCCGCCCUUCUCCAGGGCCCUCAAACCCGUGAGGGCGUCCCCGGCUACCAUCUCAUCCUUCCGUUUGACCGUUCCGAGAGCGGCGGCACUACGAUUCUGCUCAACCGCGGCUUCAUCAAGACUGCUGUGGGUGACGAGGUCCGUACCGGUGCCCGUCCUGUUCCAGGUCUCGGUCCCAACGGCGAGCCCUCGGAGGAGGUUGUCAUUGAGGGCCUCGUGACCAAGGCGGACCCCAACGCCAAGUCGACAUUCACACCCGACAACAAGCCCAAUGAGAACCGCUGGUACUGGAAGGACAUUCCUGCCAUGGCUGAGGACGCUGGUGGUGAAUCCCGCAACUUCCAGCCCGUUCUCAUUGAUGCGAUUGACCAAGGAGAUGUCCUCGCUUCGAUCCUCAUGAAGCAGGGCGAGCCCGUUGGUCGCUUGAGGGAGAUCGAGCUGCGCAACCAGCACAUGACCUAUGCCAUCACCUGGUCCAAGGCUCCCUCAACCCCUGUACUACCCAUCCAACAACUGUCUAAGCCUUUCGACGCGCCAGAAUGGUCGCAAGGCAUCUACGACGGCAAGGUGAAUGAGAUUGUCGGCGCCGUCAACCUCAUCCCUAUGCUACAGGCGGACAUGCGUCGCGCUCAGCUCGAGCAAUAG